AUGACGUUCUGCUGGUUUCCGGUCGUGUUUCUCGUUUCAGCAUGGGCUCAAAUGUUCCCGCCGCCGUUCAUUCCGGUUUGCUCUUUUCUUUUUUAGCUUUUGUUGAACCGUUGCUCUUCUCUUUCGGUUCUCAUUUGCUUACGCGAGCACAAAUAAACUCCUUGAAAGAGUCUGGAAUCCCAUGAAGUCAAGAAUUCAGAUGCUCAAUUCUCAGUUGUCACUAGAGGAGAUUGAGAGCUAGGAAUGGACACUGUAGUCUGAAGAAGAAGAUUCAGAAUAACUCAUGAAAAUCUGGCGAAAUUUUAAAAAUGGCAAAGUCACAAAAAUAUUCUUUUUUUCAGUAAAUCUAAACUCUUUCACUAAAGCUUUUUUCAGGAUAAAAAAAACCUUUCAUCCUUUUUUCGGGGCAAUUUAUUGUGUAAAAAAAGAUUGAAGAUGAAAGAAGCCGCGAAAUUUUACUGUGUAUGUAAAAAGUUCUUGAAAGAUGCAAGAAAGGCUUUUUGAAAGAUUUUAUCGGCUUUUUUUAAUUAUUUCAGAACUGAAAAUGCAUGAGAGAGCUGAAAUCCUUUAAAAACGGACAGACUCUUUAAAAAAGUUACCGUAAAUGUUUCUAGUUUGGAGUUAAAACUAUCUACUCCGUUUAUUGGUCGACUUCCAAUAUCAAGUACUCAAACAUCGUGUGAUUGGAACUGCUGGAACCCAUCAAGAAAAGCGGCGGGCUCGGCGAAAAAACGCAAUUUAUGUGCGUACUUUCGUCUUGCACGUGAUCAGGGGUCGCCAAAUGAUGAAUUGCUCUUUGAGAAAGUCUGUUCUUGAUGAGGUUAGAACAGCAACUUGAGUACUGUCCGAAAAGAAAAGAUAGGGAAAAGGAAAUUUUUAUGAUACUUCAAACUCCUCUAAAAUGGUUUUUUUGCUCUUGGAAAUCGUUUUUUUUAUCAUCGAAAGGCUUUCUGAAAAAACUUUAAAAAAAAUGGAAAAGCUUCUUUGUUAGAAAAAUCCUCAAUGAAGAAUAUAUAUAUAUUUAUAUAUAUUGCGCGCAAGUUUUUUUGGGUCGGGUGCAGCAGUUAUGCUUCGAUAAUCAUGAACUUUUAGGCUAGGAAAAUCGGAGUAUAUUGAAACAAUUUGUUCCCUGAGAAAGAAUAUGUUUAGAUAGAGUUUCGAGCUCCUUUGGCGGUUCCUAUGGUUCCACCGAUGGAAGUACCGGUGAUGGGCAUACCUCCAGUAAUCGACUAUGGUUUACCGGUAAGUAUAAAAAGAAAGGUAUAGUCUUUUUUGUUUUCUGAACGAACCUCAGCUUUUUCCAACGUUAAAUUUCACAAAAAUCUGAAAAUUCAGCCGAUAUUGCAAAUAGCGUCUUCGCUCGCCCACAUUGUUGAGAUGAAGAUGGCCGCCGACCAGAAUUUCAAGAAUAACCCGAUUUCAGAGAACAAAGAGUAUAUCAGGUAUUAUUUUUUUCUUUUUUUUAAGCCUUUUUGAGAAGAUAUAGUUUUUUAAUAUUAUUUUUACGGGCAACCUGAGAUGAUAUUCAGCGUGAUUAUUAAUUUUUUGAAUUGUGAAUGAAAUGAUUGAUUGGAUUAUGAGCGGUUUCAAUCCUCAACGCGACGCUCAGACUUCACAGCUCUAGAGAAUUUUCACAAAUUAGACGGAAAUCAGCAUCAAUUCAGGCCAACUCGGCUGCAGUUAAUACCUUAUUCGAAUGCUCCUUCUUCCAGCUGGAGAAAUAUCCCAGAUAUGAAUCGUGAAACGAACGGUCUUUCAAAAAUUGUAAACUCAGUUUCUCGUCAGUUUCUUUUGUUUUUCUUGAACAAUUUUAAUUUUGGAGCACCUUCGAUUAUGUUUCGAAUAGGAGAUUUGAUGAACAGACGGAAAGACCCGGAAUAUGACGUCAGCAGGACAAAAGGCUUUCCAAUCACAAAGGUUCGCAUUUUUCGAAGCAUAAAAUAUGGAAAAGUUUAGCAAAGUUUUUCCCCGAGAAAUUUUCCACGGGAAUUGAUUGCUACUUCGUUGUUGAUCCCUCCGAAUUCCGUUGAAAAUUACCCCUUUACAAUCUUUAGCCGUGACCAUAAAUCUUAACCUCAGAAAUUUCAGCCUAAAAAAGGCACUUUCAGUCCAACGAGGGAGGAUCCUUUCCAAUAGUCCGUUCAGACUUGCAAGGCGAUGUCGAUGGAAUCUCACUAGGGGAAGUCGCGCAAAAACUGCUGGGCCUCAGUAAGUGAUUUAUAAUUUGUCGAGAAAAGGACAAUGAAAGACAAACGGCUUACAGACGAAAAUCCAACGGCAGAAGAAGGAAAUGCCAUCGCGCAGCUCCUUGGAUGA